UAGUCCAAAAAAGUUCAGCUACAAAGAACAAAGCUCUCGUAUCCCACGUGCGACAGCCGUUGUUCCCACGCGUCAGCGGGGCGUGCGAAGAGCCAGAUUCGCGAAGUCUCUCGCGGGAGCCUCGGAGCCUUGUCAAAAUUCUUGUCAAACGCAGGAAAAAUGGCGGAUGAAAGCGAGGAUCAGUGGUUGUACGGGGAUUCAACCGACAGCAAGGAAUAUAUCCCGGCGAAUAUUCAAUCGGAGAUACAGCAGAAUGACUCGAUCCUCGCUGAGGCUCAAGAGAACUCCCAGACUCAGGAGGAGGUCAAGGUGGAAUGUACCGGCGAAACACCGUCCGAGAUGCAAGAGGCUGGCGACUCCCUUGGCGGUGGUGACGAAGAAUCCUCUUUGUUGAAUAAUGCUCAAGAAGAGAAUGCUGAUGCGAAUAAGAACGGGAGGGAAGCUUCUAGUCAGGAGGAUGGCGAAGCAGCCAGCGAAUCUGAUUCCGAUGACGAUGUACAUGUUGUUAUCGGCGAUAUCAAAUCGACUCCCGCUUACGGUAGUUUAAAUAUCAAGAGAGGAGGACUGCUAACCAACACGUCUGGUGUAUCAGACAAGCUGAGCAAACAACCGGGAAAGUUCAGUAUAGACGAAUUCGAGACUAUUGGCGUUAUCAAUGGGAUACCGGCCCACGAAUUCAAUUUAGAUCAAUUGGAGGAUAAACCAUGGAGACAACCUGGCGCGGAUAUCACGGAUUACUUCAAUUAUGGCUUCAACGAAGACACCUGGAGAGCGUAUUGCGAACGUCAAAAGCGGAUGCGAAGUGAAUCUGGAGUAGGAUUGAUUUUAAACGCGGGUGGCGGUGGUGGUGGUGGCAAUCCGGGGGGCAUGAGAAUGCCUCAGGUCGCGAUAACCAACGACAACAGCAAAUAUUCCGGCAUAAUGGGUCCUAAGAGGGCAGGUCCGCCGCCUGGAAGGAAAAUGGCAGGAACUAUAGACGUUAUAGGAAGCUCCGGUUUAGCCUCCAGAAGAAAUCUCGAUAAAUCCCCACCAAAGGGAAACGUUAUACAAGUCAUGACUGCCGACAGGAGAGAGUAUUCCAGGAAACCAGGUUUCCCCGACAUGAGCGUACCGCCUCCUGGAGCAGGAAUGCCGCCGCCGCCAUUCGAUAUGCCUCCGCCGGGAUAUGCUGGAGAACCCACGCCGUUCUACAUGCCGGAAACCGAUCCGUAUUACCAGAGUUACGAGCCUACGCAGGACAGCCAGUGGGGCAAUGACCCAGUAAGAAUGCAGCGCUGUACACUGCGCGUCAAUGAUUCCUUUCUUGAGACAUGGCAGCCGACAAAUCUAGCGAUCCCGAUGACUGAAGGUGAAGACGACAAAGACAUGGGACCUAAGACGAUACCUACGAUGGUUCCACCAACGUCCAUUCCUCCUUUGAUGCCGCGCGAUCAGAGGGACGGCAGAGAUCGGGAGCGAGACAGGGAUAGAGAUCGGGACCGAGAAAUGGAGUCUAUGAGUAGAGAUAGGGACAAGGAUAGAGAUCGCGAUCGUGACAGGGAGAAGGAUUCCAUGAUGAGAGACCGCGAUAGAGAUAGGGACUCUAUGACGCGAGAUGAGGAUCGAGAGCGCGACAGAUCCAGAUCUCAAUAUCGACAUAAAGAUCGACAUCGGCAUCGAUCAAGAUCACGAUCUCGCAGGCACAAGUCGAGAUCACGAAGUCCGAGUCGGCGUAAGAAGAAAUCCAGACGUUCGGAUAGAGAGCGUUCCAAGGAAGAAAGCGAAUAAGCGCGUGUAAAACCUUACUGUGUUAAUUUACGGCGUCGUAGCUGGAUGCACCAUAGAAUUAAGAUCAUUUUGCAUAAAAUAAUAUUCCGACUGUUGCCGAGUAUAGUAUACGCAUCGGUAAUAUUAUUCACAAAAGCUAAUUGUAAGAUAUACAGACUACUAAUUGUCAGAUAAAGAAAUGAAAUGUAUAGCGAAUCCUGCGGAAGUUACAAAUGAUAUAAUUUUUGACACGAGUAAAUUAUUAAUGCAGACAAUUAAAGUUGGACAUACAGAUUGAUGGAAGAUUACAGAUAAAGAAGAUAAAAACUUUACGUUUUAUUAUGUAUGUUUAAGACCUGCCUUUUAGAAGUAAAAUAUUUUUUAUUGUAUCUGCACAUUGAUUUCUGUGUGUGAAUGUAAUCGACGAAAAGAAUACUGAUAUGAUAAAGCUAUUUUCAACA